AUGUUUUCUAGAUCACGCAGGGCACACGAUCAUCCAGUAAAUGAAAAUUUAGAUGAAUCCACCUCAUCGUACGUUGGUUCAAACAACAACAGCAAUUCCGGAAAGCAUCCUUUCAAUGGUUAUAAUAACAGCCUUUAUAAUGGCCACCUGAAUAACAGCCACCAUAACCAUUGUGGAAACGGUAGUCUGAUUAAAAAUAUCCAGGAGAACAAGAAUGGCAAGCCCUAUACCAUGGAUGAGGUUUUUCAAGUAUGGUAUGAUAACCGGGACAAGAUCAUGAGCUCUGAAGUCAAGACAGAUGGGAAUGAAAAUUAUAAAGUCUCGAAGCCAGAGCUUAUUUAUCAUUUGACGUUGCAAGAGCAAUACCAGAAGAACAACCCUGUUCAACAGCAAAGCGUCAUUGGUGAUGCUCAUCAAGAUAAUUUUGGUCUACAAGAUGUUGGAAUAGGCAGAGAGUUCAAUAAAGGGGAUUCGGGCCAGCGUGCGAUGACUGGAGGUAAUAACGUUGUCGAGUCAUUGAAUAAGUUGGACUUGUCUGAUCGAGUGAAUGGAAAAUCAAGCCAGAUUCCUUUGUCAGUAGACCCGUUCAGUCUUGAAAGAACAUCUAGCUUCCAGGGAAAUUUUGGGAAUACUAGCUCUGUGAAUUCAACGUUGGCUACGGAUCUCCCCCCUGGACUUGCCCAACCCAAAUCAUUGGUUUCAUCGGACAAACUCGAAUGGCUUUACAUUGACCCUUCUGGAAAUGAACAGGGACCAUUCAAUGGUGAUAUGAUGCAAGAGUGGUUCACCGGUGGAUAUUUGGAUCUUGAUUUGAGAAUAAGAAGGAAAGAGGAACAAGAAUUUAGACCGUUGAAGAGUUUAUGCGAUGCCGUGCAAAACUAUGUUCAGCCUUUCAAAGUACCUUUGCCGGACUUGACGAAGAAUGAAAGUGAUUUUGGAUUGAAUAGACAGUCAUUACACAAUUCCAUUCGGUUGCCAUCAUCGACUUUACCUCAGUCCAAGUUUGCUGGAGACUUUAUCAAUUCGCCUGCAAAUGAGUCCUUUUCGGCAAAUCUCAACCUGCCUAUGGGGAACUUGAGCAGCUUGAACACGGGCUUUCCAAGUGGUUCUGGCUUUGCAGUAAUUGAUAAUUUCGACUCCCAGGUAGCCACACCAUCGGCGCAUGAUAAUUUUGAACAAAAUUUCAAUUUGCCUUCUAUGCCAUCUUUGUUACAGCAACAAAUUCAGCACCAACAAAAACCAUUGCUUUCUAGAAACAGUAGUGGUUGGGGAAUUGAUACUGGCACGCCUCUUGUUGGACAAGUUUCAGGUCCAGCUUCUGCAACCGGUUCCAACGCUGGUGCUUUUGGAUUGAGUAACCACAGCGUAGUUGGAAAUACGCCAAUGAGUCAACCAGCACCAGUUUCACCGUGGGUUUCAAGUACUGGUCUUGGACAAUCAGUUUCUCGAAUCAAUUCUCCUUUCACAUCAACCGCAAGCACUAAUCACAAUGCGGGUAAUUAUUCAGAGGUGAGAAGUGAUUCCUUAACUGGUAACGAAGAAGAUGCAAAUGAUAGCUUGGUCAUGAGCUCGGUGGUCACAGAUAUUUUGCAAGAUGAUAAUGAACCCCCUAGUACCUCACUUGCCGAACCUGUAUUGAAACCAGCUCCAUCAUCCCCUAUAAAGAAAGCCGAGGAGUUGAAGAAAGAGAAAAAGGUUGAGUCGAAGCCAGAAGAAGAAGAGAUUACAGCUCCGCCCACAAGAACUGUUGAUUUGAAACCUGCAAAACCACAGGCUCUCGCACCAUGGGCAUCCAAAUCAAAACCUGAAGAUGUAAAGAAGCCAGGUUUGUCAUUGAAGGAAAUUCAAAAGGUUGAAUCUGAAAAAUCUGAACAGCAAAAGAAAUUACAAAGCAAAUUAAAAGCUGACCAAGCUCAAAAGGCAUGGGCAGCUAGUGCCGCAACCGAGAAAGCAGCUGCAAUUGAACAAGAGAAGAAAAAGGCACAAUUACCCCCUACAUGGAGUGUUGCUUCAGAUUCAAUUCCAGUUGUCAAAUCUUUGGCUGAGAUUCAAAAAGAGGAAGCUGAACUUGCCAAGGCUAAGGCUAAAGCUGCUGCCGCUGCAGCACAAGCACAAGCCGCUCAAUUAUCGGAAACAACUUCCACAGCUGCUUCCAGCUUUGCGCCUAGUGUAUCAUUCGCCAGUGCUUUAGCUAACGCGGUUCCCAAAGAGGACACCACAGCAUGGACUACCGUGACAUCUACCAAAAAGCAAUCAACAAAGAAGCCAACUGUCUCAAGCACACCCACCGGAGUACCAGCGUCCAAGAUCACACCACAAUUAUUACGUAGUGUAUCUGCCGCAAAGACAAAUACUUCAACCGUCAAUUUGCAAGCUGUCAGAGAAGAAUUCUUAGUUUGGGCUAGAUCGCAAAUGACUAAUCUUUACCCAUCAGUGUCAAAAAAUGAUCUAUUGGAAAUGUUUAUCACAAUGCCUUGCAAUUCUCCUGAUACUCAAUCAUUGAUUUCAGAAACCAUUUACGCAUCAAGUACUACAAUGGAUGGAAGAAGAUUUGCACAAGAGUUCACCAAAAGAAAAGCCAAGGUCGAUCACGCAUUGGGAGGAGAAGCUGCUAAGGACUUCACCAGCUGGUCGGCUGCCAUUAUUUCCAGUGCUGACAAGGUCCAAACUGUUGAUGAAGAUGGAUGGAGUACUAGCUUGAAACCAAAGAAAAGGAAUAGUUCUAGAAAGUGA